AUUUAAUUUCCCUCCCAUAUUCCACAUGCAACCAACCACAAUGAGAACCCCACUCACCACAGUCCUUUUUAAUCUGAUUUUUCUAUUACUUACACCUUGUCAACACAACUUCUUCACCGCCGCCGCCGCCGCGGCCACGGCGGGAAAGUGGGACCUACUAAAUUCUAGCAUCGGCAUAUCCGCCAUGCACAUGCAGCUCCUCCACAACGACCGAGUAAUCAUAUUUGACCGGAACAGCUUCGGCGACUCAAACAUCUCCUUGCCGGACGGCCAAUGCAUCCCCGUUCCGGACUCCGGCAAGCUCGACUGCAGUGCACAUUCCGUCGAGUACGACGUCGCCAACAACUCCAUACGCCCCCUGCUCGUCCGCACCGACUUCUGGUGCUCCUCCGGCUCGGUCACUCCCGACGGAAAUCUCGUCCAAACCGGCGGCUUUGAUUCCGGCGACCACGUUGUCAGAAUCUUUCCCCCCUGCGACGACGGAAAAUGCGACUGGAAGGAAAUCCAAGGAGGAUUACUUCAACGUCGGUGGUAUGCGACGAACCACAUUUUACCGGACGGCCGUACAAUCAUCGUCGGCGGCCGCUCGGCGUUUAGCUACGAAUUUUACCCCUCCGGCGCCGGAACCCGUCAGCUUUACGCGCUGCCGUUUUUGAAAGAAACUUAUUAUAAAAACAGAGCAGAAAACAAUCUUUACCCGUUUGUUUUCCUAAACGUCGACGGGAAUUUGUUCAUUUUCGCAAAUAACAGAGCAAUCCUGUUCAACUACAGAAAUAUCACGGUGGUCAGAACUUACCCGGAGAUUCCCACCGGAGACCCGAGAUGUUACCCGAGUACAGGAUCCGCAGUUCUCCUUCCGUUAAUGAACUUGGAAGAUCCGGCGACGGUCUCAGCUGAAGUAAUGGUCUGCGGCGGGGCAAAGGCGGUGGCUUUUGAGAGCGCGAAAAACGGGUCGUUUCUGCGGGCGUUGGAUACUUGUGGUCGGAUCGUAAUAACCGACCCGAACCCGCAAUGGGUCAUGGAAACGAUGCCUUCUCCUAGACUGAUGGGGGACAUGGUGAUGCUACCAAACGGAAAUGUCCUGAUCCUAAACGGAGCUUCAUCCGGUUCAGCGGGUUGGGAAUAUGCCAGAGACCCGGUUUUGAACCCGGUUCUCUACCGACCAGAUGGUAAAAUCGGUGCCCGAUUCGAAUUACAGGCUCCGAGCAAGAGACCCAGAAUGUAUCACUCGUCGGCGAUUUUGCUCCGGGACGGAAGGGUUCUUGUCGGCGGCGGCAACCCCUAUAAAGCCUACAACUUCACGACAAAUCUGUUUCCCACAGAUUUAAGUUUGGAGUCAUUUUCACCGCCUUAUUUGGAUCCAGCUUUCGCCCAAUUGCGCCCACAAAUCAUUUCACCCGUCCGAAACUCAAAGUUUGGUUACGGGUCACGGGUCUCUGUUCUGUUCACAGUACCCGGGCCCAUACAAAGAGAUAAGGUGAGGAUAACAUUAUUGGCACCACCAUUUGCCACCCAUUCGUUCUCAAUGAACCAAAGACUUCUGGGUUUGGGUAGUUUGACUGUGGAUUCGGUCGGCCCGGACCAAAAUAUCUACCAAAUGGAUGUGAAUAUGCCGGGUUCGGGUAAUCUGGCUCCAGCCGGAUAUUAUCUUCUCUUCGUUGUUCAUCAAGAGAUACCUAGUGUCGGUGUUUGGGUACAGAUCCAGUGAGGGAUUGACUAUAUCCAGAGUGGUCGUAUAUUUUAAAAUCAUUAGAAAACAUUAAAAGUCAUUACCAAUAAUUUAUUGUUGUCAUUAUUUUAAAUGUUAAACUAUUAUUCUUAAUUGGAUUAAUUGGAUACUGCGUACAACAUAUCUUACAACUACAUCAGGGACCCUUUAUUCUAUUUUAUUCAAAUGUAAAUUUAGCAAAC